GGCGGCGGCGAGCGCGAGGAAAUGGCGGCGGCGGCGGCGGCGGCGGCGCGGGGCGGCGGCGGGAGGCCCGGGCUGUGACGCGCGCGCGGCCGGAGCGCGCUCCGAUGGUUCUCGAAGGCCGCGGCGCCCCGGGCUGCAGGUUACCUAGGGUAUGAAUUAAUACAGACUUGGCAACUGAAAGAACUUAGAAUCAGCAUUUUGAGAGCGGGGCUUGCUGUGGUUUUCCAGUAAACUGCUAUCACAAUGUCAAAAUGCAGUUCCGACAACAGCAGAGCAGAGCUCGCGAACAUUGAAACGUAAGCUGUGCUAGAGCAGAAAUGCAGUGAGAGAAACACUGGAUGGGUGAAAAGCUCUGCUUUGCGACCCCUCAGCAUGGCGGCUCUGCAGCUCCUGACCCCUGCUUCCUCACCAAUGGGUCCUUUCUUUGGAUUGCCAUGGCAACAAGAAGCUAUUCCCGAUAACAUUUAUACGCCAAGAAAAUAUCAGGUCGAACUGCUGGAGGCAGCUCUGGACCAUAACACCAUAGUCUGCUUAAACACUGGCUCAGGGAAGACGUUCAUUGCAGUGCUACUCAUGAAGGAGCUGUCCUACCAGAUCCGCGGGGACUGCCAGGACAAUGGGAAGAGGACGGUGUUCUUGGUCAACUCUGCGAACCAGGUCACGCAGCAGGCGUCAGCUGUCCGGACCCACUCGGAUCUCAAGGUGGGGGAAUACGCGAGCCUCGAAGGAAGUGCUUCUUGUACAAAGGAGAAAUGGAGCCAAGAGUUCACUAAGCACCAGGUUCUUGUUAUGACUUGUUAUGUCGCCUUGAAUGCUUUGAAAAAUGGUUACUUUUCACUCUCAGACAUUAAUCUUUUGGUGUUUGAUGAGUGCCAUCUUGCAAUCUUAGACCAUCCCUACCGAGAAAUUAUGAAGCUCUGCGAAAACUACCCACUCUGUCCUCGGAUUUUGGGACUCACUGCUUCCAUUUUAAAUGGGAAAUGUGAUCCAGAGGAACUGGGAGAAAAAAUUCAGAAACUGGAGAAAAUCCUUAAGAGUAACGCCGAAACUGCCACGGACUUGGUGGUCUUAGACAGAUGCACUUCUCAGCCCUGUGAGAUGGUGGUGGAUUGCGGACCAUUUGCUGACCGGAGUGGGCUGUACGAGAGACUGCUGAUGGAGUUAGAAGAUGCACUUAAUUUUAUCAAUGACUGUAACAUAUCUGUACAUUCAAAAGAAAGAGAUUCUACUUUAAUUUCUAAACAGAUACUGUCGGACUGCCGUGAGGUCUUGGUCGUCCUGGGGCCGUGGUGUGCGGACAAGGUGGCCGGCAUGAUGGUCCGGGAGCUGCAGAAGUACAUCAAGCAGGAGCAGGAGGGGCUGCACAGGAAGUUCCUGCUGUUCGCAGACACCUUCCUGCGGAAGGUGCACGCGCUGUGCGAGCAGCACUUCUCGCCUGCCUCGCUCGACCUGAGGUUCGUGACUCCGAAAGUGAUCAAACUGCUCGAGAUCUUGCGCAAAUACAAACCUUACGAGCGCCAGCAGUUCGAGAGCGUCGAGUGGUACAAUAACAGGAAUCAGGAUAAUUACGUGUCUUGGAGUGAUUCCGAGGUGGAUGACGACGACGAAGAAAUUGAAGAGAAAGAGAAGCCAGAGACCAAUUUCCCUUCUCCGUUUACCAACAUUUUGUGCGGGAUUAUUUUUGUGGAGCGGAGAUACACGGCAGUCGUCUUAAACAGGUUGAUAAAGGAGGCCGGCAAGCAAGACCCCGAGCUGGCCUACAUCAGCAGCAACUUCAUAACCGGACACGGCAUCGGAAAGAACCAGCCUCGGAACAAACAGAUGGAAGCCGAAUUCCGCAAGCAGGAAGAGGUACUUAGAAAAUUUCGGGCACAUGAGACCAACCUGCUUAUUGCAACAAGUAUUGUGGAAGAGGGUGUUGAUAUUCCAAAAUGCAACUUGGUGGUUCGUUUUGAUUUGCCCACAGAGUAUCGAUCCUAUGUUCAGUCCAAGGGGAGAGCCAGGGCCCCCAUCUCUAAUUACAUAAUGUUAGCAGAUACCGACAAAAUCAAAAGUUUUGAAGAAGACCUGAAAACGUACAAAGCUAUUGAGAAGAUCUUGAGAAAUAAAUGUUCCAAGUCAGUCGAGAGUGGUGAGGCUGACGUCGAGCCCGUGGUGGACGAUGAGGACACAUUCCCGCCGUACGUGCUGAGGCCGGACGGCCCCCAGGUCACCAUCAACACGGCCAUUGGACACAUCAACAGAUACUGUGCGAGGUUACCCAGCGACCCGUUUACUCAUCUAGCUCCGAAAUGUAGAACCCAGAAGUUGCCCGAUGGUACAUUUUAUUCAACUCUUUACCUGCCAAUCAACUCGCCUCUUCGAGACUCCAUUGUUGGCCCGCCCAUGGAUUGCGUCCGACGGGCCGAGAGAGCCGUGGCACUCAUCUGCUGUGAAAAACUGCACAAAAUCGGCGAACUGGAUGACCACUUGAUGCCCGUUGGGAAAGAGACGGUCAAGUAUGAAGAAGAGCUUGACUUACACGAUGAAGAAGAGACCAGUGUUCCCGGAAGACCAGGUUCCACAAAGCGAAGACAGUGCUACCCGAAAGCAAUCCCGGAAUGCCUGCGGGAGAGCUACCCGCAGCCCGGCCAGCCCUGCUACCUGUACGUGAUCGGGAUGGUCCUCACCACGCCGCUCCCCGACGAGCUCAACUUCCGACGGCGGAAGCUCUACCCUCCCGAAGACACUGCCCGCUGCUUCGGGAUCCUGACCGCCAAACCCAUACCUCAGAUUCCGCACUUCCCCGUGUACACGCGCUCCGGGGAGGUCACCAUAUCCAUCGAGCUGAAGAAGUCCGGGUUCACACUGUCGCUGCAGAAGCUGGAGCUGAUCACACGGCUUCACCAGUAUAUCUUCUCGCACAUUCUUCGGCUUGAAAAGCCUGCACUAGAAUUCAAGCCCACCGACGCCGACUCCGCGUACUGUGUCCUACCUCUUAACGUUGUUAAUCACUCCAGCACUUUGGACAUUGACUUUCAAUUCAUGGAAGACAUUGAGAAGUCUGAAGCUCGCAUAGGCAUUCCCAACACAAAGUACUCAAAAGAAUCACCGUUUGUUUUCAAAUUAGAAGACUACCAGGAUGCAGUUAUCAUUCCAAGAUAUCGCAAUUUUGAUCAGCCCCAUCGAUUUUAUGUUGCUGAUGUAUACACUGAUCUUACCCCACUGAGUAAAUUUCCUUCCCCCGAGUAUGAAACGUUUGCAGAAUAUUAUAAAACCAAGUACAACCUUGACCUGACCAAUCUCAACCAGCCCCUGCUGGACGUUGACCACACGUCAUCAAGACUCAAUCUUUUGACACCUCGCCAUUUGAAUCAGAAGGGAAAAGCACUUCCUCUGAGCAGUGCCGAGAAGAGGAAAGCCAAGUGGGAGAGUCUGCAGAAUAAACAGAUCCUGGUUCCGGAGCUCUGUGCGAUCCAUCCAAUCCCAGCAUCACUGUGGAGAAAGGCUGUUUGUCUCCCCAGCAUCCUCUAUCGCCUUCACUGCCUUCUGACCGCAGAGGAGCUGAGAGCCCAGACGGCCAGCGAGGCCGGCGUGGGGGUCCGGUCCCUCCCCGUGGACUUCAGGUACCCCAACCUGGACUUCGGGUGGAAGAGAUCCAUCGACAGCAAGUCUUUCAUCUCGGCCACGAGCUCCUCUUCCGCUGAGAGCGACCCUCACUGUAAGCACAGCACAACUGUAGCCCCUGACAGUGCUGCCCACCCAGGUGCUAACCCACCCUCCUCCCCCGGGAGCUGCAGGGCCGCGCCCCCCGCGGCCACCGUCAACGGCCUGGCCCACCACGGAAACCUAGCCAACGGCAGUUGCGAUGUAGCGAACGGAGACUUUUGCCAAGGAGACGAGCUGAAUUACUGCAGGCCGGAAAUACCUGAACAACAACCUACCUCAUAUUCCAUUCAGAAUUUCUACAACUCUGCGAACCAGCCCCCGCCCCAGCCCAGUGAUGAAUGUACUCUGCUGAGUAACAAAUACCUUGACGGAAACGCUAACACAUCUACCUCAGAUGGACGUCCCGUGGCGGCCGCGCCGCUGCCUGGUACCCCGGAGGCGGCGGUCAGCGCACCCUGGGACCGGAUGGAGCUCCCGCAGAGCCCCUGCCCCGGCCACUCCCCGAGGACUCUGGGUCCGAACCCCGGGCUCAUCCUGCAGGCACUCACCCUGUCCAACGCCAGCGACGGCUUCAACCUGGAGCGGCUGGAGAUGCUGGGGGACUCCUUCCUGAAGCACGCCAUCACCACCUUCCUGUUCUGCACCUAUCCCAACGCCCACGAGGGCCGCCUGUCCUACAUGCGCAGCAAGAAGGUCAGCAACUGUAACCUGUACCGGCUGGGGAAGAAGAAGGGGCUGCCCAGCCGCAUGGUGGUGUCCAUAUUUGACCCCCCGGUGAACUGGCUUCCUCCCGGCUACGUGGUCAAUCAAGACAAAAGCCACUCGGAUAAGUGGGGAAAAGAUGACCUGACAAAAGACUGCAUGCUGGCCAACGGCAAGCUGGAGGACGCCUUUGGGGAGGACGAGGAUGAGGACGACGACGAGGAGGAGGAGGAGCUCACGUGGAGGGCGCCCAAGGAGGACCCCGACUACGAGGACGACAUUCUGGAGUACGACCAGGAGCACAUCAAGUUCAUCGACAACAUGCUGAUGGGGUCGGGCGCCUUCGUCAAGAAGAUCUCGCUCUCGGCCUUCGCCGCUGCCCCCGACGCCGCGGGCGAGUGGAAGGUGCCCCCGAAGCCGCCGCUGGGGGCCGCGCCCUUCCCGUCCGACUUCGAGGACUUCGACUACAGCUCGUGGGACGCCAUGUGCUACCUGGACCCCAGCAAGGCCGGCGAGGAGGACGACUUCGUGGUGGGCUUCUGGAACCCGUCGGAGGAGAGCUGCGGCGCCGAGGCGGGCAAGCCGUGCAUCUCGUACGACCUGCACACGGAGCAGUGCAUCGCCGACAAGAGCAUCGCCGACUGCGUGGAGGCCCUGCUGGGCUGCUACCUGACCAGCUGCGGCGAGCGCGCCGCCCAGCUCUUCCUCUGCUCGCUGGGGCUCGAGGUGCUGCCCGUCCUGCCCCGCGCCCCUGCGGCUGGCGGCGCCCCCCGCCCGGCCCUCUGGAAGGACCUGGAGUACGGCUGCCUAAAGAUCCCCCCGCGCUGCAUGUUCGACCACCCCGACGCCGACAGGACGCUCCUGCAGCUCAUCUCGGGCUUCAGCAACUUCGAGAGGAAGAUCAACUACCGGUUCAAGAACAAGGCGUACCUGCUGCAGGCCUUCACCCACGCCUCCUACCACUACAACACCAUCACGGAUUGCUACCAGCGCCUCGAGUUCCUGGGAGAUGCGAUUCUGGACUACCUCAUAACCAAGCACCUUUACGAGGACCCCCGGCAGCACUCCCCGGGGGUGCUCACGGACCUCCGCUCGGCGCUCGUCAACAACACCAUCUUCGCGUCGCUGGCCGUCAAGUACGACUACCACAAGUACUUCAAGGCCGUGUCCCCGGAGCUCUUCCACGUCAUUGAUGACUUCGUGCAGUUCCAGCUGGAGAAGAACGAGAUGCAGGGCAUGGACUCGGAGCUCAGGAGAUCUGAGGAGGAUGAAGAGAAAGAAGAGGACAUCGAGGUCCCCAAGGCCAUGGGGGACAUUUUCGAGUCACUGGCCGGUGCCAUCUACAUGGACAGCGGGAUGUCGCUGGAGACCGUAUGGCAGGUGUACUACCCCAUGAUGCGGCCACUCAUAGAAAAGUUUUCUGCGAACGUGCCCCGUUCCCCUGUGCGGGAGCUGCUCGAAAUGGAACCAGAGACCGCCAAGUUCAGCCCAGCCGAGAGAACGUACGACGGCAAGGUGCGCGUGACGGUGGAGGUGGUGGGGAAGGGCAAGUUCAAGGGCGUGGGCCGCAGCUACCGCAUCGCCAAGUCGGCCGCCGCCAGGAGAGCCCUGCGCAACCUCAAAGCGAAUCAACCUCAGGUUUCCAACAGCUGAAGCCCGUCCAGAAGGAAAACAGUUUUUUUGGGUUUUAUUAUUUUUUUUUAAGAGCAGAAUUAAGGGAAGAAAAUAUUUAAAUUCAUUGAAAAGUAUGAUUUGAAGUCGAGAAUGAGCCGAAUGAAUUGGAGGCAGAAUUUCAAGUUUGUUUCAUAAUGAGCUAGAUCACAGAAUAAAACAUCUAACAUAUGUAUAAAACCAUC